GGAGAACCGAGGCGGCCGUUCCCGGGCGCCGGGACGAGGAGGUCCCUAUGUUGACUAGUUGAGACAAAAAUAAAUAUGGCCUUCUACAGUUUUAAUUCAGUCUUAGCUAUUGCCCGAAUAAGAUUCCCUAGCCAUUGUGUCCAUCCUACCUGCUCUUCUUAUUUCCCAUCAUUUGCAUUUCUUCACUUGCCAGAUUCCUAUUUAAAUACAACAUAUAUGAAGCACUAUGGAAGCAAGUAUUUCCACCCUAGUCAGUCAGGCAAUAAAGUACUUCACUCUCCAACUAGACUCAUACAAAAGCUACACACAUCAGCUUGCUGGCUACAAGAGGUCCCUGGUAAACCUCAGCAAGAACAAACCACAGAAAAGUCACAGGUGACAAGCCCUCGGCCAACAAAAGAAAUUAGUACAAAGAUUAAAGAAGGCAAGCGAUCUUAUACACAAAAAAUUGUGGAUGAACUUAAAUAUUAUUACAAUGGAUUCUACUUACUUUGGAUUGACACCAAAGUUGCUGCCAGAAUGGUUUGGAGGCUGUUGCAUGGACAGGUGCUGACCAGAAGAGAGAGGCGACGGGUAGGCAAAAAUCAUAUGUGA